UACUUCCCUCUGUGAGCUCUCUGCUGACUGCAUGAACUGAAAUCAGCUCUAAAGAAUCAGAAGGGGGAAAAAAAACAGUUUAAAACUGCUGAAAAGUGAUCUAAGAGCAGAUCAUUUCCUCCUGUCAGUUUGGAUGUGAGGAGAUCUCUCCGCGCGCGCAGGAGGGAAAAAACCGUUGGGACUCCAUGGAAACGCAUCUGCUGAAGUUUAUCGAGCGCGUGCGGGCUGAGGGCAGAGAUGGGGAGAUUGACAUUGCCUCUGAGUACACUAGGAUUAAGCAGCAAAACGACUUGCUGAAACAGAACUACGGUUUGACUUGCGCGGCCGGGGGAAACCAAGAAAACGCAAAGAAAAACCGCUACAAGGACAUCCUUCCAUAUGACCAAACCCGCGUCGUUCUCAGUCCAACAACACCCGAAUACAGCUGUGAUUACAUUAAUGCUAAUUUCAUCAAGGGGGCGACAGAGAGCAGGAAAUACAUUGCAACACAGGGCCCUCUGAGUAACACAGUGGUGGAUUUCUGGCGCAUGAUUUGGGAAUAUGACAUCAAGGUGAUAAUCAUGGCGUGUAAGGAGAUCGAGCUGGGGAAGAAAAAGUGUGAGGUCUACUGGUCUGAUCUGUACGAUACGUCCAGGUUUGGCCCCUUCGCUGUCUCCACUGUGAAGGAGUCGCCCACGAACAAGGAAGUCGUCAUGCGAACGCUGGCCGUCAAACACUGUGAUGAAGUCCGCACCGUGGCCCAUUUCCAGUACACAGCCUGGCCGGAUCAUGGAAUUCCAGACGCGGCGGACGGCAUUUUGGGAAUGAUGGAAUCUGUCCACGUCCGACAGGGUUGCCACCCUACACCGUUGCUUGUCCACUGCAGCGCUGGCUGUGGAAGAACUGGGGUGAUUUGUGCCAUUGACAUUGUUAAUGGCCUGCUGCAGGAAAAGAAAAUUGGAGAAGAUUUCAGCAUCAUGGAUCUAGUUUUAGAGCUGCGAAGACAAAGACCAUCGGCUGUUCAGACUAAGGAACAGUAUGAGUUUGUGUUUCAUACUGUGGCUCAGAUGUUCAUGAAGGUCUUGCAGGCAUCUCAGCAGAAUCACCAACAUCAGAGCACGGACUCGCACUCUUUUUACGCCAAUGUGGUGCCCCCAAAGCCAGCGCUGAGGUCAUUCUCCAUCGGCUCCGAAAACCAAAAUACGAGAAAACCUCCUUGUCUCCGUCCGAGAUCCUCUCAUCCUCCGGCCACCAACAUGAGUGACACGUAUGCAGUCGUUAACAAGUUCAAGCAGCCCUCCAGGGAUCCGCCGAUCGUCUCCCACCAAUACGACAAUGUCAACUUAAACAGCCAGAAGCCGCCUGUGAACGACCUGUACAGCAUCGUGAAGCCCAAAAACAGAGCGGUGACAAACGUCCCUGGCUGCAUGGUUCCUGUACCCGACCGGACAUGGGCACUUAACCACAGGGCCUCAGCAGAGGCGGACUUCGAUGGCUACGAGCCCCUGCCUGUUGGAGGUCAGAUGAGAGACCCACAGCCGUACCGACAUGUGUCACAAACAUCUGAUGGAGACACCCAUUCUGACAAUGAUUAUGAGUAUGUCUCAAAUCCGAUCAAAGACAAGAACAGCAGCAGCAGCAGCAGCAGCAGCCACUGCAACCCCGGAGGCAUCGGUUAUAAAUGCAGAGUAAAGAAACCCAAAGGACCCAGAGAUCCGCCUUCACAAUGGAAUCGACCAGAGAGAUGAAACCUGCAACAACAACAACAAUAAUAAUAAAGAGAAGAAGGAAAAGAAUAGAGAUCUACAAAAGAUCUACAUAUUCAGCAUUUAUUGGAUCCUUAGAAUAAUAAAAUUUUGUCAUUGAGGCAAAGAUGUUUAGUUUGUAUGUGUGGGUGUGUGUGAGUGUGUGUGUUUUGGGAGGGUGCAAAAAUUCCAAAUGUAAUGCACAUGUUUAAUUUAUUGCAAUAAAUGUGUUUUUCUUGUACAGUC